AUGAAGCAACUUAGUCCGGUGAAACAUAUAAUUGGACAUACGAAUCCUGUACCUCAUGAACCCAGAGAGCGGUUGUUGAAGAACACUCAAAAUCGGACACAAACAAUUCUGACCCCUGAUGCGAUGCCGGUUAAUGGUUCGGAUUGGUAUCAGGCAUCGAACGAUAAUGUCCAUGCUACUCGCAGAGCGCAAUUGUUGACAAAUGCUCAAAAUCGAGUACAAACAAUUCCGACACCUGAUGAGAUGCCGCCUAAUAGUCCGGAUUGGUAUCAGAAAUCGAAAACUUUGGUGAAAUCGCCUGUAAUGAACUCCUCGCAGCAACAGAUGAACCAGAGUCACGUGACAACGAACUUAUUUCGUGAUAAGUUGCAACGUCACCGUAAACCACGUUCACCAGAAGAGUUACAGAAGAAUUCUCAGGAUGCGGCGAAUGUCCCUAUUGAUACGAUUGCAUACCGCAAACACCUUCCUGUUCAUCACGACAACUACUUGGAAGACCCACAAGCAGUGAAACGUCAUAAAGGUUCGGAACCUACGGAGGCUAGCAUUACUGUAUCGACAGCGGCCGAGAUGAAAAUGUAAGUUUUUCAACCGACCCAACGGAUGAUGUAUGCAGAAGCAGACAGACGCAUAGACGAUGCGCGUGCGCUACAGGGUCUAAUUCGUGCGUCG